AAUAUGCUAUUGAUUCAGUCACGACGUUCGAAGAAAAAUGAUGAAGAAUUCAUGUGUUGCCAAUAAGAUCCUUCGUUCUGUAUCUGCUUGACGCGUUGCAACUUUCAUUGUCCACCAGGUGACAGUGAUAUUGUUCGUGAGUUAUUUUUUAAGGAAUUAGUCGAAUAUCACGACAGGGAUACGACCAGUAAUGUUACGUCAGUGGAAAGACUGAAAGAACAUUGAGGUACUACCAUUCUCGCGAGCUGAACAAAUUAAUACCUCACAUAUCUUCGAGUUGAUGAAUGGAUAUGUUACAGGAUGGAAGAGAUGAAUGAUACGUUGGGAUGUUCUACCGGUUUCCGAUAAUGUUAGUGCUAGAUUUAGGAUGCUGUGGAUGUUGAUGUGCUGAGUUUUUCGUGAAAGUGUGUUUUUGUUUUUUCGGUUGGAAAUAUAGCCACGACAACUUUUCCCGAUUUCUGUAAGAUACAAUCUAAAUACUCAACAGUAUGAUUGGUAGUUCAUGCUAUGUUUUCAUUUCAAUAUUCAUUGGAUUACAAUUCCAUGAGAGCAGUGCAAUAUAUAAUAAUGGAAUAUGGAAAAAUGGCAUCUCUAAUGAAAAACUUACUAAAGUUCAACUCACACAAAAAGGAUAUAUUCAGUUUCUGCGAUAUACGGAAAAUGUACCUUCCAUAACAGAAUACACCUUUUGUAUUUGGAUGAAGAGUUAUGAUUUAUCUCAUGCUCAUCCCCUUUUAUCAUAUUCUAGAAAUGAGAAAGAGCGUCUAAUAAGAGUCUGGAUUUCCCCUGGUGGGAAGUCCCUGAAUCUCGAACUUCAUGGCGUUCCUGUCUUUGAAAUUCCCACGCAAUUCAGGGAACAUCGAUGGUAUCAUGUUUGCCAAUCGUGGGAUUCUUCGUCGGCCACUUGGGAAGUUUUCAUCAAUGAUAAGAGACUUAAAGGACGUGCUCCAAGGUUGACCGGGCUGAUCAUCAAAGCAGGAGGUGACAUCGUUAUCGCUCAAGAGUAUACCGAUUUCAACAAGGGCCUGGAGGACGGCGUCGAAGGCGAGAUUUUCGGGUUCAAUUUCGUCCUUUCGGCCACUUCAAAGAUCCAAAGAUAUUCCAGAUAUUCGAUGCCUAUACGCGCCUUCGAAGGAUAUCGCAAGCGCCGAUCAGUUUCGACGCCAGGAUCCAACAGAUAUCUUCCCCCUCCACCACAUUCCAUACCAAACGGGAUUUUCGACGCGUUCGCCCCUAAUUCCCCGCCACUGUGGGCGGCCGCGUAUUUCUCACCGGUGAAAAACAAUAAAUUCGCAAUAAAAACCCGCACACCUAUUAAUCCAGGGAGAACCGUCAGGAUUAAUCCUGGAAAUGAAUUGUUCGCGUUCCAGACGUAUCCAGGUACGAACGAUGUGUUCGGGAGUGAAAACCACAAAUCAACGGGGAUGAUUCUGGUUGAGAUGAGUAGGAACUGUAGGAUUGGAAAGGGGGCUCCUCUUAGAGGAGAGAAAGUGUUGGUGAAUUGGAGGGAGACGAAAGUGAGGGUGUUCGGUGGUGCCAUAUUGAAACAAGUUGAGCCAUUCUGUUGAAAAUGGAGAACGUAUGGUUAGAGCCUGAAAAAAUCAUGACGAAAC